UAUUCAAUUCAAUGCAUAACUUAGUUAUUGAUUCGAUAAACAAUAUUAACAACAAUUAAAACUACUAUUAAUUCAAUUGUUUUUUUUGUUUUUGUUUUUUUUUAUUUGUCAAUCAAUUGAUUGAUUCAUUGAUUUAAUAAAACUAUUGAUUUUGAGUCCAAACACAACAAACAAAUGCUCGCAAUUCAUGUGCGAGCCGUAGUCGGCAAUGUUGGCCACCGAUCUGGCCAUCGAUUACGGGUGUCGUCAUCAUCGGUGGUAACCGCUGUCCUAUUCAACAACAACAACAACAACACCAACAUAUUGACGGCAGCGGCCGUAACUUGUGGCCAUCAGUUUGAUGUCGUCGGCCGCCGACACUAUUCCCAACAACAACAACACAUUACCCGAUUGGCCGAAGUCGGCCGACUCGAACAGCCGAAAAUGGACGGCAAGUACGAUACCGGGCAACUGUUUUUGCAUCGGGUGUUCGGCUAUCGCGGCGUAACACUGUUUCCGUGGAUGGCCCGGGUCUACGAUCGCGAUGUCAAUCACAAUAAGACACCGACGACGACCACUACGACAACAACAUCGACGACACGUCCAUUAGCUGCCGAUGAGGCCGCUAUUGGUUCGACCACCGCUGCGGCCAAUGAUGACAGCAGCAGUAGUAACGCCAGCGGCUAUAAUACAGUUGGCCGCGAGGUUAGAGGUCAUACACAUACCUACUAUCAGGUACUCAUCGACUCCCGUGACUGUCCUUUUGUGCGGACACAGACCGAAGCCGUAACUUUUCUGGGCAAUCAAGAAAACAGCCGAUCCCUGUACGCCAUCCCGGGGCUGGACUAUGUAGCCCACGAAGACAUACUGCCGUAUACGUCGACAGAGAAGCAGCCCAUUCAACACGAACUGUUCGACAAGUUUUUGAUGGUCGACCCGGAAAAAGAUCCGCCGUAUAGUCCGCGGGAAACGUUGAGAGCCUGGCAGGAGAAGAAUCAUCCGUGGCUCGAGUUGUCCGACGUUCACAAAGAGACUACCGAUACGAUUCGGGUAACUGUUAUACCGUUUUAUAUGGGAUGUCGUAACUCGCAAAAUGCUAACGUCUAUUGGUGGCGAUACUGUAUACGAUUGGAAAACUUGGGCGAUAUGGCCGUACAGCUUCGGGAACGCCAUUGGCGUAUAUUUAGUUUGUCCGGUACUCUCGAAACGGUUAGAGGACGCGGUGUUGUUGGACAGGAACCGGUACUGUCAAAGUCGUUUCCAGCCUUUCAGUAUAGUAGUCACGUUAGCCUACAGGCGCCCAGUGGUCACAUGUGGGGUACAUUCAAGAUGGAGAAAGAGGACGGAACGACAUUUGACUGCCGUAUACCUCCCUUUACACUGGAAAGCAAACCCGAUGCCAAUAGUCCGUCACCUAAUGCUAAUACAUGAGCC